UUUGAUAAAAUUUAAGUCAGUCAUUUUAUCUAAUGUUUACAAAAGAAAAGUAUUAAAAAUCUUAGAAAGCGGUUGAAAUAUUAAUUUUAGGAAAAAAAAAAACAAAAACAUAUUUUCAAAUAACCCUAAGUAAUAAACCAGGGAGGUGUCAGAAUCUCGUAAAUGGACGAAACCACAAGGAGAAUUUUCGUGGCAAACGCUCAUCUUGGAGGUCAUAUUUCAUGUUAUUUGCUAUUGUUUACAUCACGCAUUUGACAAAGUUUUAGAUAGAAGUCCUUUGCACUUGCUCUCAAGUGGAAAAAGCGAAACAGAAAAACGUCCUUGGACCGAGGAAAAGAAACAAGCCCAAAGAAGAAAGAAAGGCCCAUUUCUUUGGAGGAGAGAAAACAAAAAUAACUUUCUAAAACCUGGCCACAAAGGCUCUUUAAGCUCUCUGUGCUUUGAUUUGCUAUUGUGCUUGACAGAAUCACGUUGACCUCAUGACCUUUGUUUGCAAUCAUUUUUCUGUGGAAUUUUGAAAGGCCUCAAAGAGAUCUGUUUGAAACUAGUAAAAAAAUAUUUUAUUUUCUUCUUAAUAACUAGUGUACAUUUGGGGGAAUACUGAUACUUUGAUAAAAUGUUUUCUGUGUGCUGAUAUUGCCUAUAAUUUUGUCCGUUUGCUUUGAGCCACAAAGGGAAAAAUAUUUGUCUUUUCAAACCCUGAAGAUGUGCCAUUGUUGUUGUUGUUCAAUGUUGUUCAAUGUUAUUGAAUAACCAAAGAGCCUUAGCCUGAAUGAACACAGGGUUCAAGUAAGCAAAGGUGCUACAAGGGUUGUUAAGAGGUUCUACAAGGUUCUACAAUGCCGAUUACUACUAAUUAAACAAAGCAAGCAUUUAACCACCAUUCAUCCAUAGAGAUUUUGUCUUGAGAUUUAUGUACAUGUUGGAGUAAACAUUCACUGUGUGCAUGCUUUUAUCAGUUCCAGCAAGCCUUACGAAUGUAAGUCGUGACCAGACUGUGCGUGAAGACUCAAACAUGAAGUUAUUCUGUGAAGCAAUUGGUAAACCAACAUCAAACAUUACCUGGACCAGAGAGCUGGAGGAUGGUAGUAAUGGUGAAGUACUGCACCAAGGUUCAACUUGGGAUUUUCCAAAAAUAAAGAGAACGGAUGCUGGAACAUACAAAUGUACAGCUUACAAUGGAUUUGGAGCUAAAGUUAGCCAAGUAUUUAAAGUGAAUGUCACCUAUCCUCCCAUAGUUUUUGAAGUGUCUGCAACUAGACAAGAUGUUGAAGUGCAGGAAAGUGUAUCUCUCGAGUGUACAGCAGAGGGAAAUCCCCCGCCGAAUUAUACUUGGAUGCCAUGUAAUGAACGUGUGUGUCAUGAAAGCAAACUAGUUAUCUCAGAAGUCCUGUAUGAUGAUGUCUAUGUUUGCACUGUGACAAACUCUCUGGGUAGUGAUUCAGGAAAUGUCAGUAUUUUCAUAGGAGGAAAAGUGAUUAAUGUGACACUAGUCAUUACAAGUGAGAGCUGUACUGAUGGAAAGUACAAUCAGUCCUCGUUAUGGACAAAACUCGAGAAAACGAUUGACGAGGUUUUUGCUAAUGAAAGUAGAUACACUAGUGUACAGUUGAGAGAUGCCAGGUGUGGCAGUGUAACUACCGAUCUGGUGCUGAAGUUCAGUUCCACCAUACAAGAAAGACAGGUUAUUGAUAUACUUCGCAAUGCUGCAAAGAAUGGAAUGCUGGGAGAGUUGAACGUCAACGUCUCAUCCAUAAUAGGGACAAGACCCACUGUUAAAACAACAACUACAGCAGCCGCUACUACACCCUCCAGUCCAUCUGACAGUAAGAUGGGGAUUAUUCUCAUUGCCGUCUUGGUGCCACUUGUCAGUCUGCUGGUCACCGCUGGAGUUGCAGCUUGGUGCAUGUACAGGAAGAGGAAGUGUAAAAGGAGGGAAACUAAGGUCCACAACAAUGGAUUUAACGGAGAAGCAGGGAAUGUACCCGAUUCACUCCACACCCUCGUGUAUGGAGGGUCAUGUGGACACGAGGCAAAAACCAUGACGUUUAGACCUCUCCGAAGUCAUUUUCAAGUGGGAGAAGUUCAGGAACAAGCUUAUGUUCAAGUGACCAGUGGAUGUGAAGGCCGACCUAAUCGCCACUCUGGAGGCGGCAAUCCCUCUUCGGUGCCUCCAGUUCUUUAUGAUACCGCACAGAAUGGUAACAGAGGAGCGGAUAAGGCACAGUAUGCUGUGGUUGAUAAAUUCAAAGGAAACCAAAGAAACCCAAGCCUGAGGAACUUCAGUAUACUGAACUUGCCACGUUUUCUGCCAGACAAGGCGGGCAAAGGUCUUACCUCUCUUACCAAUCGUCCCUCUGAAGCACAGUCCGCUGAUGUCAACGCCAUGUAAAGAUGAGCCACGUGGACCAAAUAAGGACCCUCAGGCAGUGACGAGAAAUGGGCGAGGCAAAGGCCAGCAAUUUUUUUUUUAUCUAUAGAGUGUUUUCAUUUGACGUCACGGUAGCCCUAUUGAUGUCUUAAAACAAUGAAAUGGUGGCCAUGCUGGUGUCAUGAAACGAACUCUUCUUAUGUUAACAGCGGCGAAUCUAGAGCCGGGGCCCCUCCCCCUAUUAUUUUGGGUAAAAAUAGAAAUCACAGAAGGAGAAGGUAAGAAAAAGAAGGAAGAAGAAGAAGGAAGGUAAGAAAAACACUUCCCCACCCCUUAGCUCAAGGCCUGGAUCCGUCACUUAGUGUAGCGGCUAACAGCUUCAAUUGUUCACUUGGUGAUACAAGCAUGAAAUUUGGCAGGAACAUUCUAAAUUGUCUAUUCUUUCAUUCUAGUCGAUUAGCCACUUGAAAUUCGCAUUAACAAGAGUUUUUUUUUUCAAAAUGGCUAAAAAUGGCUGUGAUGUGAUAUAAUGGCCGCCAUUUUAAGUAAUAGCCUUACUUUCAACUCAUCUUGAAGCAACAUAUGAGCAGUUUAUUUCUCGCUGAUUACGUUUUACUGCUAGCAUCCUUUAGGUACAAUUGACUCUUCCAUACAUCUUUCAGUUUCUGAAAAUGGGCAAACCAUUCUAAAGAAUUCUUUCUUUAACAGGCACUCAUGAACUCAUAGUACUGUUAUAUACAGGUUACAUUAUGUGCUUAUCUGGUAUUCAGUACGGUAAUUCAAUACGCCCAGCAGUUUCUUAGCUGGGUAAUGCCCAAACAGUUCUUUUUUAAACAACCUCUGAUCACGUAUAAGUUUCAAAUAUACAAGGUACAUUACAUACCUACUUCAACCGAAUUCUGAUAUUCAGGACAGUAAUUCAUUACGCCCAGCAUUUUGUAGCUGACUAAUUCAAAAACAGCUUUUCAAACAAGCUUUUGAUUUCGGAACAGUGCCAAAUAGUGCUGCUAUACAAUUUAUAUUGUUUGCCUACUAUAGUCGAUGACCAGGUGGAGCUACUUUUCACACGAACAGCUACACAAAGCUGUACAUUUCAGCCCAGAGCAAAGACAUUUGCACCUCCCACAACAGUCCUUUUUGCAGCCACAUCUGGUUAGUUCUCGACAACUUGCAGCAAUUGAUGGAAUGUCAGUCCAAAGUAUCUGUUACGUGUCACCUCGCCUACUCCAUCCCCAAUCAGCUGGACCUUUUGUGACAGGUUGAGGGAGAGUGGCUUGACCCCAGAUAAUUCUUCCUUGGUAGGCAGCAUGCUUUAAAUGUAGCUUGAGGGCAAACUGAGGUGGUAUUGCAUCAUACGGCCUCUGUUUGUGAGCGAAUAAAUUCAGUCUUGCAUAGUUCACACUUGUAUCUGCACUGAACCUGUCAUACAUGACCACAACAAACUGCUCUAGACUCUGCAGAUCAGCAUCGUCAAGAGCUGUCACACACUGACUAAGUUUGGUGAAAAUGUUCGUGACCUCUUUACAGACAUUCCAUGUUUGCCAUGCAAACUUCUUUCCUUUGCCACGGAAAGCAGACACAGUGUGACAUCACGUGAAUGCGUGAAAGAAUGGGAGUCUACUGGCUUUCUCUGGACCGAUUGUGGUUACCAGUUCGUGCACUGGAAUCAAUCGAAAAUUUCCUCCUUGGCCAAACGCAAUCCACAUUUUUUCAAGACCAGUCUCCUUUAAGGAUUUUAUGACAGAUAUGGCAAUAGCUACCACAUCCGUGUCGUUUGCCUUAAUCAUUAAAGCCUUACUGCCGUCCAUUGCCGCAUGUCAUCCGUGCACAAAAAUACGUGGGUCUGCCUCUUUGUGCAUACAUGGUGCUAAAUCUUCUAACGCAAUUAGGCGAUUGCAACAGACGUAUUCCAAGCACG